CUUUGUAAUGUUAUAAUUAUCACUUUCACAGAUGCUCGACGACUCGUCUCUGUGACCGUCCACCGCCGCCGGAGCCAAGCUCACGGGAACCGGCAGCUCUUUUCAUCCGUUGGCACCUGAAGAGCAGCUGAUACACAUCGGCAUUUGAUCAUUUUCCAGCUCCACAUGUUGUUGCUGCUCCAGAAUGAACCCGACCAUAACUGGACCUGAAGAGGAGCCGGCGCUUAACCCAACAAACCGACUGGACAAACGUACUCCAUCAGAGACAGAACAGCAUCACCUCUCCAGCAGAUGGCGACAGCAUGCGUGGCCGUUGCCAGGAGCCGACUGUGGGUGGACCACGCCCUGACCUCCUCACUGUUGGUGUAAAGGAUUAAAGUGUAAGAGAGGCCGCACCUUAUCCACACAGUUAAAACGAAGAACUCUGACCUGCAGGUUGAGCCACCUACGCCAACACCUUCUAUUUACACCCGCACCACACGACGACAAAAAGCUGCUCUGCUCCGGGUCGUCACCUCCAGCAGAUGAUCGGUACCAGUGCCAGUACUACUGCUGCGUCUGCAACUCUUCUCUCUCACACACUCGACCAACAACUCUGACUUUUAGGAGGAGCUCAUUGGUCAGAGAUAUGAAACAACAAGUGCUUAUUCUCGUUGCUGUCGUGGAGGUUGCCAUCCUAAUAGUAUGGGGAAUUUCAAGGAAGUCGUUCAAGGGAUAUUUCCAGGAGCAAGUGAAGAGUCGGGAUACAACUCGACCAAAACCAACACGACACGACUUUUCUAUUGAAUGUCCAGCCGAUCAUUUCGCCAUAUACAUCAGGAGUGGAUUCGCUAACGUUAUCGGACCAACCAUCGGAUUUGACGGUAAAAGCGUCAUGAGCCCCGUCAAGAACAACGUGAGACAUGGACUGAACAUCGCGGUGUUCGAUGGUGAAAACGGAUCAGUGGAAAACACAUUUUAUACCCAGAAUUCAGCACAGUUGCUGAUAUUCCUGCAGUCGCUCCGACCAGGACUGAUUUUCCUGGCGGCCUCCUUUGAUGACGUGACGGCGCCGUUGACAGAUGAAGUGAGGAAGUUAUUUGUAGGAAUGGGAAGCACUCUGAUCAACUCCGUAAAUCAUCGGGACGGCUGGGUGUUUGCAGGAAGUACAGGGACGCGGAUGAAAAGCGUCUUUGAGAAGCAAUCUGUCAACGAUGAGAAGACCAACGUUUAUGAUGGAUGGCCUGUAAGCCUGGAGGUGGAAGGCUGCCUCCCCAGACUCACUGCUGACGGAAGUUCCAGAGUUACUGAAACAUCAGCGGGAAGCUAAUACCCAACCUGCUCUCCUAUUGGCUGGAAGGGACGACGGUGUUGCUCUGUAGGCCCCUACAGCCUACAGAGUGUACGUAUGGUGUCUGAAUGUUUACUCCACUGUAAAAGGCACUCAAUGUAUCCCACAAUGCACUACUCAAUCCAGUGCAUCCAGUGCACUCCUCUGUAGGGGAUUAUAGGUACUGCACUGUAUAGUAAACUCGGAAAAACGGUUCCAGGUACUACUUUGGUACGCAGUUACGACGACAGACGUACGGACGCUGCUCCUCUCUCUCCGCCAUGUCGUCACGACUGCAAUGCAUGAUGGGAUAUAUGGCUUGGCUAGUGUACAACAGAUGUUCGCUAGAUUUGGCGGUGCAUUAUGGGAUACAUUGACUGCCCUAUAAUAGUGGACAACUUCUACUCUGUAAACAUUCGGACACCACAACAAAAUGGCGUGCCCUACUAUGUAGUACACUCUCUAGGCUGUAGAGGGCGCCUUAUAAAAAAUACAUUUCAAGGGGAGCUGUAUCGCAGUCGGCAGGUUGUAUUAUCGACACUCAUGUUUUUGGAUCGUUAUCAAACUACCGACUGUUUUUACAUAUGUGGGAGCUGCGUUUGUACUGCGUCGGGCUGAUAUUUGAAUAAUAAAAAUACUACUGCAUUUGUUGGUACUUCUAUUUGCAUACUGCUGUCACUGCAGUUAUAAAAACACUGACAUUUGUCUUGUGAAGUCGAUAGAAAUUAAAGUGUGCGGCGGAGGUGACUGACAUUAACGUGUGUGUAUUUAUAGACAAAUAAACAGGUUUGAUCCGUGGAUUAGAAACGUUGCGGUUAUUUUUAUUGAAAAAAAGGUUCAAAGGUUGCCUUUGAACUCUGCUUUGUUUUUUUUUAGGGUUUGUUUGUAUGUGAAGAAAAUAAAUAUCAGGAAAUCAGCCUCAACACUACGGUGCACUUUACUUUGUAGGUGGAGACCUGAACAAACAAGGAGGCCCGAGAGGCUGGUUCGGCAAGUCGUUCUACAGGCAGCCAGCAGAGGGCGGCAGAGAUAUUGCAUUCGUUUCAGUCCCAUUUUGUGAAGAUUGUUUUAGAACCAAUUGUUUUAUUGUAAACCAAAACAUAACUAUAUUAGAAUUAGUGAUUUUUUAAAAAUUCUGUUCAAGAUAAAAAUAAAAAGACAAAAAUAAA